AUGGAUAAUGGUGGAGGUGACGCGCCGCCUGUGAAAGGCGGGGAGUUUCUUCUCCAGCUCCUCAAGAGACCACAGCAACUACACCCUGUGCAAAUCCAGCAAAACCCACCUUCCCAAACCAUACCCUUUGAUCCGGCGGUUGUGGCUGUGGGGCAUACAGUUACACCAUUCUUGCAGUCGCAGCCAGUAUUUUUAUUGAACGGUCGUGAUUCUUACGGCCAGUGGUCGAAUUUGCAUUCCUCGCCACUUUUUGCCCCUCACAUUUGCUUCCCACAAAACCCUAAUUCUAACUUGAAUCCUAAUUUUCCCGCACCACCUGGGGGUUUCAGUCACCCCUCCGAUCAGUAUAGUCAUCAGUUUCACCACGCCUCAGUGGGUGAUGAUCUAAGGAAAUUAGGAUGUUUUGGGGAGAAUUCGAUGCCGCUCCCUGCUGUUCGGGAAGAACCCAAUAUCAUCUUUGGAUCUUUAAACAGAAAAAUCAUAGACAGUGCUGUUUUAAACAGAAAAAUCAUUGAUAAUGAUACCGCAUUGAAUGGAAGUGCUUUGAAAGAGAGUUUAAGUCAAAUAGGUAAAUCUGGGAACUCACAUUUUGCGGAUGAACUAGGGAGUAAUAGAAGAUUGAAUGGUUUUCGAGUUGAUUCUCAGAAUUCAAUUGAGAUUAAUCAGAACUCGCAAAGAAACUCUCGUAACUUGAAGGGUUAUCGGCAACCAAGGAGUAAGAAUAGUAACAGCAGGGGAAAUCAAAGGCAUAAUGGGAAUUAUGCAGUUGUAGUUCCAAGGCCUAGGUUUUCAAGCAAUGUAAGUAAUGUGGGAAAUAGGGAGUAUGGGUCUAGAGAGGGAAGCUUGGAGCACAGUCUCAAUAAAGGUAAGGGUAGUUUGAGCCAUAGAACCGUUGGUUUGUAUGAUAAUCUUAGAGUUAAACAGGAGAGGAUAUUUUCGGACAAGAACGUUGUAUGUGGUGCUCGUAUUUUGGAUGGGAAGGGAUCAAAUAGCAAGCUUGAUUGCCCUGCUCCGCCAACUGACAGCAAUUUUCAUUUGGUUUCGACCUCUAAUGUUGAGGAUUCUAGGCGGAAAUUUCAUGGUGAGUUGGAUAGUGGGGAAGAAUUGGGGAAUGGUGCUCGAGGGCAGAAUGAGUUGGAUGAUUUGGAGGAACAACUUGUGAAUUCUUUAGGACUUGAGGAAAAAUCUCAGGAGAAAAGUGGUAAAAAGAAACAUCACCGGGUCAAGGAUCAUAGAUCCGAUAAGAGAGGGCAAUGGAUACUUAACCAGAGGAUGAGGAAUGUGAAAAGGCAGACAAUGUGUCGAAAUGACAUAAACAUGUUGAAUGCUGAAUUCCUAGCUAUCUAUGACUUGUUGAUCCCACUUGAUGAAGAAAAGGCUAAGCAAAAACAAUUGUUGACUUUAUUGGAGAAGCUUGUUAGCAAAGAAUGGCCUGACGCCCAAUUGCAUCUCUAUGGAUCAUGUGCUAACUCAUUUGACUUUUCAAAAAGCGACAUUGAUGUUUGCCUUGUGAUGGAAGCUGCAAAUUCAGACAAGUCUGAGGUCUUGUUAAAGUUGGCUGGUAUACUGCAGGCAGACAAUCUUCAGAAUGUACAGGCACUUACACGUGCCAGGGUUCCCAUAGUUAAGCUCAUGGAUCCAGUCACUGGUAUUUCCGGUGACAUUUGCAUGAAUAACAUGCUGGCAGUUGUAAAUACAAAGCUGCUUCAGGAUUAUGUGCAUAUAGAUGUGAGACUGCGGCAGUUGGCUUUCAUUGUGAAACACUGGGCUAAAUCACGAGGAGUCAAUGAAACUUACCAAGGAACACUGUCUAGUUAUGCGUAUGUGUUAAUGUGCAUUAAUUUCUUACAGCAGCGGAGACCAGCUAUUCUUCCAUGCUUGCAGGGAAUGGAUUUCACUUACUGUCUAACUAUAGACAAUGUUGAAUGUGCUUAUUUCGAUCAAGUUGAAAAGCUUUGUGAUUUUGGGUCCCGGAACAGGGAAAGUAUUGCUCAGUUGGUUUGGGCUUUUUUCCACUAUUGGGCAUAUUUUCAUGAUUAUGCAAAUGAUGUUAUAUCUGUUCGAUCAGGAUGCACACUGAGCAAGAGAGCUAAAGAUUGGACUAAAAGAAUUGGUAAUGACCGUCACUUGAUAUGCAUAGAGGAUCCAUUUGAGUUAUCCCACGAUCUUGGUCGAGUGGUGGACAAGUAUAGCAUAAGAGUCCUCAGGGAAGAGUUUGAACGAGCCGCAGAAAUUUUGCAGUAUGAUCCAAAUCCUUGUGUAAAGCUGUUUGAACCCUAUAUUCGUACUUAA